AUGGACCAAAACAAGCAAGACGCCCUUUUGAAGUACCAGAAAAUAGUCACUGAGCAUGCGGAGGUGAUGGAAACCAUGCGCAACAUAAACGAGUCGAUAAAGAACCAGACUUUGGAGUUUGAAAAAACAGAGAGAGAUAUCAAUGCCCUGCAGAGCAUAGGGCAGAUGGUGGGUGAAGUGCUGAAGCAGUUGGACGAGGACAGAUUCAUAGUCAAGACGUCGCAAGGACCCAGAUACAUUGUGGGCGCAAGAAAAAGCAUUCCCAGAAACCUUCUGGUUCUUGGAGCCCGUGUGGCCCUGGACAUAACCACGCUCACCAUAAUGAGGCAUCUUCCAAGAGAGGUGGACCCAACUGUCCAUGCCAUGUCCAUUGAGAAGCCGGGUGACAUUUCCUUUGAGAGCAUAGGAGGGCUUGCCGAGCAGGUAAGAGAGAUUCGGGAGGUGAUUGAGCUUCCAAUAAAGAACCCAGAAAUAUUCAGCAGAGUGGGAGUGUCAGCACCAAAGGGAGUGCUUUUGUAUGGACCGCCUGGAACAGGAAAGACGCUUCUUGCACGUGCAGUGGCUGCAACGCUAGACUCAAACUUCCUGAAAGUAGUGAGCUCUGCCAUCAUUGAGAAGUACAUUGGAGAGAGCAGUAGGAUGAUUAGAGAGAUGUUUACAUAUGCAAAGGAGAACCAGCCAUGUGUUAUCUUCCUGGAUGAGAUCGAUGCAAUUGGAGGGAAGCGGUCUUCAGAGAGCACGUCAUCUGACAGGGAGGUGCAGCGCACGCUUAUGGAGCUGCUGAACCAAAUGGAUGGGUUUGAAGAGCUAGGCCGAGUUAAGGUUAUUAUGGCCACAAAUAGGCCAGACAUUCUAGACCCAGCACUGCUGCGCCCGGGAAGACUGGACAGAAAGAUUGAAAUACCACUUCCCACAAGCCAGGGCAGGCUGGAAAUUCUCAAAAUACACUCAGCUAAAAUGGAGAAGAAGGGAGAUAUAGAUUACAACACUAUUGUCAAGAUGUCGCACGGGUUCAACGGGGCAGACAUCCGGAAUAUCUGCAGCGAGGCAGGUAUGCUUGCAAUUCGAGAUGACAGAGACUUCAUUGUUCAGGAAGAUCUUACACGGAGUGUCCGAAAGAUAGCAGACCAGAAAAAGCUGGAGGGGCGUAUGGACUACAAGAAGGUAUGA